CGAACAUCGCACGACCAGGCGAUUUCCGAACUUGAGUAGCUCACAUGCACCCGACGGCGCGCUUCCCGACGUUCCCGAGCAAGCCUCGUACCUGUUCCUCCGCGAGCGAUGUUAUCUCUCCUCAGCGUGUUGGUAGGGAUCGUCCUGCUCAUAAUAUAUCUCUAUUUUCGCUUCAACGACCAAGGAUUGUCGCAACUUCCGUCGGAAGCCUUUGCGUUUGCACCCAACCGGUUCACACCACAUGUCGUCCGUGAAACUGCUGAAAAGCUUUGUAACUCGCCCAAAAUUAUAAAGGAUGUACUUCCACCAAAGACUGGACGUCGGUAUAUUGUAGUUGGUGCUGGUUUCUUGGGCGGCUGGAUCAUCAUCCAACUUCUGCAACGUGGCGAGGAUCCAAAGAAGAUCAGAAUCCUCGGCAUACGCCGUCCGACUCGUUCAGACCUACGCACAGGGCUGGCCGCGCAGGUUGCUUUCUUCCAAGUAGACGCGCCUUGGCCAGACUGCGACCCUUCAGAGACAGCGCCAGAGGUCACAGUCUUCCACACCGCUGCCAAUAUACGCUUCUAUGAGCGCCAUCCUGCGCUUUUUCCUCGUUCUUCCAAAGUCAAUUAUGAAGGGACUCAAAAUGUAAUCAAUGCAGCACGAUCUAUAGGUGUCACGGUAUUGAUGUAUACAUCAUCUGGAUCUAUCUCUGUUCGUCGUUCUCGCUUUUGGCUCUGGCCUUGGGAGAAGCAGCCCAAGUACUUUGUCCAAAUAAUUAAUGACGACGGUAACCUCAUUCCCAAACACCACGACUAUUUCUUCUCAAACUACGCUGCUUCUAAGGUCCUUGGAGAGAGAGCGGUUAGAGCUGCUAAUGGGUCUCGAUCUGGUGAGAAGACACUGCGCACGGGAUGUCUUCGCCCUGGUAAUGGUUUCAAUCCCACUUGGGUUCCUAACAUCAUGCAAUCCUUCAUAUACGUAGAAAACUGCGCCCUGGCCCACCUCUGCUAUGAAGCACAUCUCCUCGAAACUGCAAGAGGAGGAUCCAACACCGACCUCGGUGGGCAGGCGUUUACUGUCACAGAUACUGGUCCGCCAAUCACAUAUAGCGAUGUCUACGUUGGGUUGACGUCACUGGCUCCCGAAACUAUUUUCAAAGAGAUGUCGCCCACCCUUAUGCUUUUCAUAUCGCACAUCAUGGAGGUCCUUUACCUCGCGCAUUCUUUUGAAGAUACAGUUAAUCUACAACCAUCUUUGUUCGCGCUCGCGUCUGUGCAUGUCAUUUUUGACGAUUCCCGAGCUCGAUUGCCGCCUGAAAAGGCCGGACUGGGCUAUCAUGGGCCGUUGGGGAAAACAUGGAAGAGAGAUCACACUCCGGUGGUGUUGGUUUAG